ACUCUUGUUUCAGAGACUUUGUUGGUGUGGAUGGACAGGUCAGGAGCGCAUAUGUGGAUUUAUUUCUGGGAUUUAUCUGCCUCAAGAUUCCGCGUCUUGAUCGGAUGAAAUAAAAAGAAGAAUGUAUGGAAUAAACCAGCGCUGCAUUUACAUAUCAUUUCAUUUUUUCGUGCUGUGGUGCCAAGCUCAGGGGGAGAAUCACCCGUCUCCUAAUUUUAACCAGUAUGUGAGGACGCAGGGCGCAGUGACGGACCAGCUCAGCCGCAGACAGGUCAGGGUGUACCAGCUCUACAGCCGCACCAGCGGGAAACACGUCCAGAUUCAGGGCAAAAGGGUCACCGCCACCGCCGAGGAUGGAAAUAUGUACGCUCGUCUUUUUGUUGAGACGGACACCUUUGGCAGUCGAGUGAGGAUAAGAGGCGCAGAGAGUGGGCGCUACCUAUGCAUGAACCGGAAGGGGAAACUUGUUGGAAAGCCCAACGGCCGGAGCAGGGAUUGUAUCUUCACAGAGAUAGUUCUGGAGAACAAUUACACAGCCUUCCAGAAUGCCAAAUAUGAGGGCUGGUAUGUGGCUUUCACCAGGAAAGGGAGGCCCAUCAAAGCCUCCAGGACGAGGGAGAACCAGAGAGAGGUCCAUUUCAUCAAGAGGCUACAUACGGGCCCGCCUCCCUUCCCCAACACGGACCAAAGCAAACACUUUGAGUUCAUCCGAUUUCCGGCCACACGUCGAGCGAAGCGGAACAGGAAACCACAUACCUCUUCCUAACAUGCAGCAAAAGCAAUGGACUGAUGACAGUUGUUACAUAGGAAGAAACAGAUGCGAUUUUAUUUUUGUAUAUUUUGAU